GAUCUAACUAGUGCAAAUAUUUUUGGUCCUGGAAUCUACGCGAAAAACCAUAUGCUCAUGGAACAAGUUACUCGUGAUCCAGCCGAUGCUGAGCGUCUUUUGAAGAACGAACGGCUAUUUGUACGAUGUUCGCGGUGUCACAAGACAAGAGAGUUGAGCGCCGCUCGUUUNUGCUAUACGUAUUACUGCAGUCGGAACUGUCGCGAACUCGACUGGAACAGUCACAGAGAACGUUGUUCGUUUGCACGUAUAAACACUCUCUGUAAGGAUGUCAUCAUGAAGGUUCGUGAGGAUGCGGAAGCACAGUGGUUCAUGUCGAAAAUAGCGCGUGAAGGGUAUUCGUCACGUGGACGAGGAUCUGUGAAUCUGCGUUUGGGUUCGGCGUACUUGGCACAGCAUUACGUGAACCAAGGAUGGUCAGCACUGGCCAGCGUCAGUGUUGAUCAAUUACUCUUCUACUACACGAUCGCAUCGCUUGUCGAAGAACGUAAAGAACCAUCGCUGAUCGCUCUUUGUCAUAAAUACGAUCCAAACGAUAAAUUCAUUCUGAGUGUGAGUAUAAUUGCCGACAUAGAGAACUGUCCGCAAACUCCACCCCCUGAAGCAAUUACGAGUUUUGACGAGUCGUCGAAAAGAAACGCAGAGUCAAGCCAGCCGCCAUCGUCGUUCGAUCAAACCCUGGCAUCAUCCUCAUCCACAGCAACCACUAAUAACGCUGUUUCAAACUCCUCAAAUGCACGUGAACCUCAGCCCAAUCAGUCACAGUCACAAACACAGACUCAAUUCUCACCCAGUGAUGAAUUUCGAACGGCUGUUCCCACCGAAGUUUAA